AGGCAGUGACUGGCAUUCACUGUCCCUCAACAGAGCGGGAUUAGAGAAGACAUCAGAGAAGACUCACUUGCUGACUUGAGGAUACGAUUGGAUAUUUAACCAGUGUCAACAUGUCAAAAGUAUUCAAGAAAACCAGUGGGAAUGGAAGUAUUGCCCUGUACUUGGGGAAGAGAGACUUCGUGGACAAUGUGGAUUCUGUGGAGAUUGUUGAUGGGGUAGUUAAAGUGGACCCUUCUGGCCUUGAUGGCAGAAAAGUAUUUGUCUACCUUGCCUGUGCCUUCCGCUACGGAACUGAAGACCUGGAUGUCAUUGGAGUUUCCUUCAGGAGAGACAUAUGGAUAAAACGAUUUCAGGUGUACCCAGCCACAGGUGAAAGCGUAGCUUCUUCACCAAUUCAGGAAUCCCUUAUGAAAAAAGUUGGAGAACAAGGAUGUCCUUUCUCCUUCCAGAUGCCAGCAAAUCUUCCUUGCUCGGUGUCCUUACAACCUGGGCCAAAUGAUUCUGGCAAGGCUUGUGGCGUGGACUUUGAGGUUAAAGCAUAUAUUGCAAAGGAAGUUAACAAUAUAGAUGAGGUCAUUGAAAAAAAGGACACUUGCCGCUUGAUGAUUCGUAAAAUACAGUUUGCACCAGCUACCAACAAGGCUGGACCCAAGGUUGAAUUAUCCAAGCAGUUUAUGAUGAGUGACAAGCCAGUUCAUGUGGAGGCCUCCCUUGAAAAAGAGAUUUACUACCACGGAGACCCGAUCUCAGUCAGUUUAAACAUAAACAAUGAAACCACAAAGACUGUGAAGAAAAUCAAAAUAUCUGUUGAUCAGCUUACAAAUGUUGUCCUGUACUCAUCCGACACUUACACCAAAGAGGUCUCCAGCCAGGAGUUUGCAGAGACUGUUGGUGCCAACGCCACAUUUAACAAGUCAUUCCAAAUAACACCCCAGCUCUCCACCAACAAAGAGAAGCGAGGUAUUUCAGUAGAUGGACGGCUAAAAGAUGAGGACACCUGCCUGGCCUCCACAACACUGGCUCAAGGGGAUAAAGAGAUGCAAGGAAUCAUCGUCUCCUAUAAAGUCAAGGUUUCAAUAACAGUGUCCGGUGGAGGGAUGCUGGGUGGGCUAACAGGAAGUGAUGUUGUCGUGGAGAUUCCUUUGACACUGAUGUCCCCAAAACCUGCAGGUGAGUGAAAUGUUUUACACAUA